CAAAUCCACCACUUUUUUGAAAUUUGUACUACUUGAAUGGUUUGGCAUUUUCUCUGAGCCGUAGGAAACAAAACCCUAGAAAAACUCUUCACCUCUCAAUCAAUCUUCUUAUCUCAUCUUCAAAUCCUUUUCCCCAUUUUCCAAAAACCAAAACCCACCACAAAAACUCUUCAGCCAAAUACCCAAAAAGUACACUCACAAUGGCCAAAAAGAAGGCAGCCCCUCACACCCAAGAUAAACACCAAACUGAAGAGGGAAAGCAGCAGCAGCAGGUGAAAGAACACAAUCACUCUGCAGCCAUGGAAGAGGCUUCUGAGAAACUUGAAAGCCUAAAGAGCCUCAACAACAUGCUUCUCAAGGAGACCAUUGAGAAACGGCAACAGGUGGACUCACUCGUGCACGCAAAAAGCUCUCUGGAAUCGGAACUCAAAAGGUCUAACUCGGAGAAGGACGAGUUGAAGGCCCAGUUGGCUCAGCUGAACGAAGAUGUUGUUCAGUUGGAGAUUGAGAAGAAGCUGGUGUCCGUGUUUGUCUCUGUGCAGGUUGGUUACCAUGCUGAGGUGGCUGAGAAGGAGAGGGACGGGUUUCGCAAACAGAAUGAUGCGGUUGAGAAGAAAUUGGAGAGUUUAGAGAGAGAAAUGAGUGAUCUUAUGAAGGAGAAGGGUGAGAUUGAGAAGGCGAGGAUUGAAAAAGAGAGUGAGAUUGAAAGCCUUAAGGAGAAACUGAAUGCUAUUGCAUAUGAGGUUGCCCGUGAGAGGAAUGUUUCGGAGGAUAUUCGUAAGGAGAAGGAUGAAAUGAAGACGAAACUUGAUGCUCAAAUAGAGGAAUCAAAUGGGUUGAGUGUGAAAUUGGUUGAAACUGAGAAAAGAGAGAAAGAGAUUGAACUAGAAGCUGGGAAAUUAAGGGUUGAAUACAAUGCCCUUUUGGAGGAAAUCAAGGACAGAGAAAGCAAGAUUCAGUCCAUGGUGACAGAGAAGGGAUUAGUGGAGAAAAGGUUGUUGGAUUCGAAUAAGGAGAUUGAAGAACUGAGGGUGCAGAUUGAUGGGAUUGUUAGGGAAAAAGAAGGGAUUGAAGGGGAGAAAAAUGCAGAAGCUAAGAAGAGCAGUGAGUUGCAGAACACAGUCACUGGUCUCAACGAGACGGUGCUGAGUUUGCAGAAGGAGGCGGCAAAAUUGCUUGAAAAUUUGGCUGAGUUAGAGAACAAGUGUGUGGAAGGAUCCAGGAAGGAAGAUGAGAUGGAGAAGAAGAUUAAUGAACUUGUGACGGGAAACAAUGAGAAAGAGAGCAGAGUUGAGAGUUUGAUUGAAGAAAAGGGCUUUGUUGAGAAGGAAUUGGACAAGGCAUUGAAGCAGUUAGAUGAAGAGAAGAAGAAGAUUGAGCAAACUGUCACAGAGAAGAAUGAGAUGGAAGAGGCUAAAGUUGGGAGGGAGGCUGAAAUUGUUGAAUUGCAGAAACAAUUAGUUGAAUUUAAGGACUUGAUUUCUGAAUUAGAGGUGUCUUGCAAUGGUCAAGAAGAGAAAGUGAAGAAUUUGGAAUCUGAAGUUGGGAAGUAUAAGGCUGCAUUCGAGCGAGUUGCGCUUGAGAAGGAUGAGAUACAAAAGUGUUUUGAUGAUGAGAAACAGAAUGUAAUGAACAUGAAGAAACAGAUUGAAGAAAUGGAGAAACACAUUCAAGAAAUCGUUAAGGAGGUUGAACGAACCAAGGCUGAUUAUCUCAAUGUGGUUGGAGAAAAGAAAGAGAUGGAAACUCGAUGCCAAGCGUUGAACAAGGAAAUUGCUUAUGUGCAAACUUCACUUGGUGAAGCACAGAAGGAAAUCAGUGCUAUGCAGUGCAAGGUUGUAUUGGCAAACAGUAGUUCCGAGGAAAUCCUGAAUGCUUUGAGGACUGUUGCAGGUUCUAUCUGCUCGAAUGAUCAAGGAGCAAAUGGCAAUGUGCUUGGUGAAAAACAAAUGAAUGAGGAAGAUGGCAAGCCUUAUGAAGCAGAGUUGGAGGCCAUCACGAAUGCAAUCAAGAGUAAAGAGAACAAAGUAGAUGAGAUGAAGAGACAGGUUGAGUUCCUACAGCUUUCGGUAGCACAAGCACAAAAGAAGAAGAAUUUUUGGACCAUGUUAUCUUCUGCAACAACACUUUUUGCUGCAAUUUCUCUUGCAUAUGUUGCUCGUGGCCAUUGAAUGAGGGAGUCAUUUAGUUUUAUCCAAACUGUUAACCGCAAGUUCCAAGAAAGGAUUUCAGUUUUGGUCCCAUAGUUUAACCUGUUAAGGAACAUGCGCAGGUUUUUGUAAUGCUGGUAUCAUGGCCUGACAUGAUAUUUGACUGCUGUUAGCUUGUUUCAACAUCAUACUUAACAAUCUAUGACCACUUACUUUCAUGCUUCCAUAUGAAAUAAUAUGAAAUCCUUUACUUUCCUA